UACAGCACAAGUACGCACUUCAUUCCUUUAGCAGAAUGCAGAAAAACAUGGUUCGCUUCCUUUCAACCGAUACCAUCCGAUCCACGAGUAACUCAAUUCGAAGGAUGGAGCUAACUCCAUGGGAUCUCAAUUUGCUCUUGCAGGAGCAUGUGCAAGGUGGCCUCCUCUUCCAUCUCAAACCUCAACCUUCACAAGAACAAGAUGCUCAUCAUUUACCCAAAAACGAUGUGAUUGAUCACCUAAAAGCCUCCCUCUCCCGAACACUGGACAUUUUCUAUCCCCUUGCCGGCCGCCUCGUCAUGAUCGAAAACGACGAUAAGACCGCCAGUUUCUUCGUGGAUUGCAAUAAUCUUGGAGUCCAGUUCGUCCAUGCAGUUGCAGACGGCGUCACUGUAGCUGAUAUUCUUGACCCCAUUUACGUUCCACAAAUUGUGGAAUCCUUCUUUCUUAUGAAUCGUGUUCUCAACUACGAAAGCACUAAUUCCAAGCCAUUGCUCUCUGUUCAAGUAACCGUCCUUGUCGACGGCUUCUUCAUCGGUUGUUCACUAAAUCAUGCGGUUGCCGAUGGCGCUUCAUUCUGGCAUUUCUUCAAUACUUGGUCCGAAAUCUCCCGGGGUUCCUAUGACGUUAAAUCGACACCGCUCCCAAUAUUCGAACGUAGUUUUUUUGACGGUAUCAUCGACUUCCCCCUCCACAUACCAAACCCUUACAAAGAAAAUGUUGAGAGGGUCGUUCAUCCACCGCUGCAACAGAGGUAUUUCCAUUUUCCAAAAGAAAAGAUAGCAGAACUUAAAGCAAAGGCCAACGCUGAAAUGAACACUGACAAGAUCUCAUCUUUGCAAGCACUAUUGGGUUAUUUUUGGCUAUCCAUAACUCGUAGUCGUCGUCUGAAUGAUGAUCAAGAGGUUCAGUACUUGAUUGCUGUGGGGGUGAGGCAAAGAAUGCACCCGCCAUUGCCGAAUCAGUACUUCGGGAAUGCGGCCCAAGUGGGGAUGGCCACAAGCACAGUAGGAGAUCUAAUACAGCACGGACAUGGUUGGGCAGCUUGGCAUAUAAAUAAUAUGCUUGCUUCAAAAAUUAAAGAAGAACAGAGGAAGUUCUUGGUUGAUUGGUCGAAAAACCCUAGGAUGGUAAAGUUUAGUGGCAUGAGAAGUACCAAACUGCUCACCGGAAACUCCCCACGAUUCAAUGUGUACGGUAAUGAUUUUGGUUGGGGAAGGCCGGUCGCAGUGCGAAACGGUGUUUCGCUAAAGUUCGAAGGAAAUUUAAUGGUGUUCCCUGGGAAGGAAGAGGGUAGCAUUGAUUUCGAAGCUUGCCUUUUGCCAGAGACAUUGGAUGCGAUGGCAAAGGAUGCAGAGUUUAUGCAGGCUAUCACCUUAUGAAAUUCUCGAUACAGAUAGAACAAAGAUGGUGGAAUAUUAACUAGAUUUGAGUCCAAAAAUAAAUAUUGGUGAAAUCAAAGAAAAUAAAAAAUAAUAAUAUUUGCAGUCGUGAAGUAUCUAAUUAUCGUAUAAUUUUUUUUUUUAAAAUGAGUAAAUAAUGAAUUUAUAUGAAAAAAAUUUAAUUUUUUAAUAAUUAAUCAUAAUCUUUUUUAAAACAAUUACAUGACAUUUAUGCAUUCAAUGAUUAUACAUAAUAUUACUUCAAUCCAUUCGAUUUCAUGGGAAGGGUGCCAAAAAAAUUUGAGAUUGGAAUAUAUAAAUACCUGUGUUGUUGUUUGCAUUUUUUCCAGGCAAUUAGUUCAAUGGCCUGUAUAAGUGUGAUGCUCCCUUUUUAUAAUAGCGAUGUAAUAUUGUGUAAAAAUAAAAAUAAAAAAUUAUUGUGAAUAACAAAGUUUAAUAAUAUGAUAUCUUUUUAUAAUGAGUAAUACUACGUACAGUCAUUUUUGCAUACUCCUUGCGCACUCUACUGAUAUGAUUGGUUGGAUUAAUUUUUUUUUAAUACACAACUAAUCAUAUCACUGAAGUGCACAAAAGAAUCUACAAAAAUAACUAUACAUAGAAUUUUUAUUUUAUAAUAGCUAUGGUUUUAUCAGAUGUUGACGUCUCGUUGACAGAAAAGAGCAACCCGCAGUUGCAAUUGGAUCUUAGAAAGUCAAUAGGAAAAAUAAUUGAGCUUAUUGAAGGGAUCAGUUUGUCAUCUCUGGAUUAUGAUAACCCCGAUACGUUGGCCAGAAAGCAUGGCAAUACAUUCACAUGCAAGAAUUCGGAAACAGCGUCUGGGUACAUGGUCCGGGUUUUCCAGUGGACAAUUUCUGAACUCGGUGCUGUUUUACAACAAUUUGUUCGUAUUUGUGAUGAUCUGUUGAGUGGAAGGGCUAAUAUUGACAAAUUUGCCCAAGAAUUAACUAUUUCUUUAGAGUGGAUUAUGAACCAUUGCUUUUCCCUAUAAGAUGUUUCCAACAUGAGGGAGGCGAUUAUGAAGCAUUUUGAUUGUGAUGAAUCACGAAGUGAAAGCGAGGCAGAAGUUGGAAGAAUUGGCCAUUUUUCCGAAGCAGGACGUGUUCCAAGAGAAUAUUUAUCAUAUUUGCCCCUCACUGCUGCUUCAAAUGGCAAUCGUCUUAUGAAUUUGAAGUCUGCAAAGAAAGACUUGGAAGGAAGGCCUCAGUCAGCUACUGAUACCAGUGAAUCCUUGAUGAGUCAGCUCCAUGAAUCCGAAAAAACCAUUGCAAGCUUGCAAACAGAGCUGGAAACUCUAAAAAAAUCGACACAAAGGAUUGAGAAUCAAAUCAAAAGUCACAAGUUGACAAAUGAAGAUCUUGACAGACAGCUUACAGUGGCCAGAGUGGAACUGAAUGAAGCACAACAGAAGUUUUCGUCACUAGAAGUGGAGCUGGAUGACAAAAGGAACUGUUGUGAAGAAUUAGAGGCCACAUGUCUUGAACUGCAGCUCCAGUUUGAAAGCGUUGCAAAGAAGGAAGCCCGAGCAGUGACCCCAAUCAGGAAGAAAAGCAACUUCGGACUGAUUGGGAGAUUACAGCUGCUUCAGAGAAGUUGGCAGAGUGCCAGGAGAGAUCCUAAACCUUGGAAAGCAGUUGAAGGCAUUGGCUGCACCAAAGGAAGCCGCCCUUUUUGACAAGGUCAUAGCUAGCCCCAUGCCCACCACCCCCACCACAGCUACAAUGCCAGCCCCACCCAAGGAUAAGAUCAUGAACCAGCGCACGUCUUUACUUGAUAAGAUGCUAGCGGAGGAUGAUGCUGUAGCUAAGAAUCUUCAAUCUCCAAAGACCAAAGAAAUAGAUGGAAAUUUCACAAGAAAAAUUAACGGGCCAUUCCAGCCUCCAGAAAAUAUUGUCGUCUUAAAUGGGGUUAGAUACGAGGAUGACAACACCUCAGCCAGGAGCCUUGCUAUUGUGGCUAGCAAAAAACGGGGAGGUGGGAGUUUAUGGAGAAAGCUGUUGUGGAGAAAGAAGGGUACCAGCAAGAAAGCGCCUCUCCUGUUUGUCCCAUGACAAACGUCUUAAUAGUAAUAAAGUGAUGGCAAGCUUGUUGCUCAGGUUCCUUCUUUUUCACCAAUGUUGUUGUUUGGUUUGUAGUGGGGAAAGUGGGAGAUAACAAGUCUUGGCAUUUACCAGUCAUUUGAGAGAGAGAGAGAGAGAGAGAGAGGGGGGGGGGGGGGGGGGGGGGGGGGGGGGGGGGGGGGAUUUGAUAUUGUGUUUGUUACUGCUGUAUAUAGAACUGAUGCCCUGACAAUUAUAGAGGUUACAGCGCACUGAAGAUGCUCCUAAAA